AUGAGCGCUCCGUUUUACAGUUUCGAUCCAUGCGUUUGCACUGGUUUGCCUUGCGGAGCUUGCUACCCGUACACGACUAAGCCCUGUGUGGCAUCGAGAAAUGACCUCAGCGUAUGUUCCGUAUGCCCUGGUGGAGGAUGCUCUCCUUGCCCGGCUCCAGUAAGGCCAUGUCCUGAACCCUGCCCAGCGCCACCAAUUUUGCCUUGUCUACCGCCGUGUCCCCCGUGUGAUAAGCCUGGAACUCCAGUACCAAAACCCGAGAUAAUCUGCGACACAUGUGCCAUCCCUUGUUGUCGACCGAAUCGCUGCAAGCCUUGCCCCUGCUACUGCUGCACGGAGCCAGCUGUCUGCUCUCCAAAGAGAUGCAGUUACCCAGGAGUUCCCGUCUGUGGCAAAUGCUGCUGUGGGCCCUGUAUGCCAGUUUGGUAA